AUGCCCGACGUCGAAAUGGCCAGGACCGGAGAACGGAAAGAAGAGGAGGAGGAGACCGAGUACCGUCCCCUGAACUGGAAGAAGAUCUUCUUCACGCCCAAGUAUAUCCAAAAGGUCCGAUCAUUACCGGCAGGCUUCCUGAUUCCGAUCGCCAUUCUGGUGUUGAUCUCAUUUCCGCCUCUUUUCGGCCACGAGAUCGUGGCGGUUCUGUGCGGUGCGGUGUAUGGUCUGUGGAUUGGCUUCGCCAUCGUUGCCGCGGGUACCUUUCUGGGAGAGAUUGGAACGUGGUUCGCGUUCAAGUACACGCUGCGACGAAAGGCCCACAAGCUGGAGAGGACAAAUCUCAACUAUGGUGCUUUGGCGCGGUUAACCCGUGAUGGGGGUUUCUGGAUUGUCUUCAUUAUCCGCUUUUCCGUCAUUCCGUCGCAUUUCUCGACGGCGGUGUUCUCGACCUGCGAUGUCAAGUUCUGGCACUUUGCAGUGUCGACGUUUUUGACGCUGCCGAAACAGAUCAUUCUGGUGUACCUCGGUGUUCUCCUUGUUCAGAAGCAGCAGAACAGCACCAUCAAGAACGUCGUUUUCGGCCUCACGGCCGUUUUGACCAUUGCCUUGGCGGUAUACAUUUACAUCAAGAUGCGGAGCGUCAAGAAGACUUUGUUACGGGAGCAGAGCGAAAGAAGGGCGCAGCGGGAUUUGGUGGAGCAGCGGAAGGCGGAGGUCGACGUGGUCGAGACCGAAAUGGGUUAUCUCCAGCCCGCCGCCACGAGAACAGACAGACCAGGAUACCCACAAUGGAUUUGA